AUGGAAGGAAAGAAAGAGCAGGAGAUGAAAGGAGAGAAAGAGGAGGAGAUGGAAGGAAAGACAGGGGAAGACACUGUGCCUCAGAGAAAUGAGAGUUUGCUAGGAACAGAAAGUCAGGAGGAGCCAGAGACUGGAGGAAUGGUCUCAGGGGUUAAGGAGCCCACACAGGAUGUUAAAGUAGAGGAAGCAGCAAACCAGGAGACAGAGGUUGGGGUGAGAGAGGGAAAGCUUGAUUUACAGAUUACACAAAAUGUGGAGGUAGAAGGAGCAUCAAACCAGGAGGAGAUUGAAACCAGAGAUAGGCAAACAUUCUCACACCUACUUGAACUUACUCACCCAAAUGAUCGUGCCCAUGUCCUACAAUUAAAUAUUAAAUGUGAUGAGGCCUUCAUUCAGUUUUGCAACAGUAUUGGACCGUGUCAACCAGCGCUUUCAUCCUUUCCAAAAAAUGAAGAGGGGCGAUCAUUUCAAAAGAAAUGGUAUGAGAACAACACAUGGCUGGAGUACUCACCAAGUCUUGAUGCCAUGUUCUGUUUCAGCUGCCGUCUUUUUUUGUGUGAGGAUAAAUACAAAGGGCGCAAAACAUGGAAAUCAGAAGGAUUUAAUCGGUGGAGAAAGGCUCUAGAGAGAAUUAAAGAACACUGUGCCUCAGAAUCACACAUGUGUGGUAUGGUGAGGUGGAACAACUUAAAAAAGAAAUCACUGGAGGCAGCUUUUGAAAUGGGUGACCGCGCAUUACAAGCUGCUCAAGACAGGGAAAGAGAAAAAAAUAGAGAAAUCUUGUCCCGAUUACUGGCAACCACUCUUUACCUGGCAAGACAGGGUAUGCCUUUUAGAGGAGACGAUGAGACCCUGUCCAGCCAAAAUCGAGGUAAUUUCCUAGAGUUGGUGGAGCUGUUUAGCAGGUAUGAUAGUGUAAUUAAAUUAUACCUGGAAGCAAUAAAAGAGAAGCAGGGAACUGGUAGAAGACCUCUUGUCUCACUUCUCUCCAACAGAAGUCAGAAUGAUAUGAUCAAAGCUUUGGCCAUAUCAGUCAAACAAGUAAUCAAAAAAGAAAUCCAAGAGAGCAAAACCUUUUCAAUUCUCAUGGAUGAAACCACGGAUGCUGCACGCACUGAACAAGUUUCUUUUGUGAUUAGUUUUGUGGCCAACUCAUCCAAACGACACUCUGCAUUUAUUAAAAUGCAGAAGACUAUGUACCCUGAUCGGCGUCCACUGGAGCUGCAGAAGCUCUCAGACACACGGUGGGCCUGCAGAGAAACUGCCCUUCAGACUCUGAGGAAGGUCCUCCCAGCUGUCAUGCAGUUUCUUGAGGAAAUGACACAGCAAGACCCACCAGACUCUUCGGCAGGUGAUGCAUUGAUUCUUCUCAGGAGCAUCAACUUUGAAUUUUUCCUGUGUCUGGAGAUCACCUGCCCAAUCUUCCAGGUGACUGCGAUGGCCUCUGAUGCUUUGCAGCAGAAAGACAUAGAGCUAGCGACAGCAUACAAAGUUGUAGAUGGAGUUUUUCAGAGGCUGGCCUACAGCAGAACAGAGGAGGAGUUUGAGAAGAUGUUUAAACAGGCUACAGAGAAGGCUGCAUCAGUGGGCCUUGACCCCCCAACUGAGAUUCCUGGUCAAGCUCGGAGGAGGAAAAUGCCAGCAAAGUUCAAGGUCACUGCCACAACAGCAACUGCUGACCACACAUUCCCUACUUUGCAGGACUACUAUCGUGUUAAGGUGUAUUACGUUUUUGUGGACACAAUGACACAAGAGCUUCAGAGACGCUUUAAAGCUGAAGAUAACUCCACAUGGGAAAUCCUGAAUGCCCUCCACUGCCUGAUAGUCCCAGAGAACUGGAAAACAGCCCAAAUUCCAACAGAGGCACUGCAAGCUGUGAAUAGGCUCUGCAAGUUCUACAACAUUGAUGAAGAAGACAAAUUGCAGACAGAACUAAAGGUCUUACAUAGUUCAUACUCAUGCCCCUCAUCCAUCAGUGUGACAUCUAUUCUUUCAGUGGUCAAAGAAAACAAUGCACAUCUGGUUUUCCCCAACUUGACUGAGCUGCUGAAGACAUACGGCACUCUUCCAGUUUCUACAGCUACUGUUGAACGCUCUUUCUCAAAACUCAAACUGGUGAAAACAAAACUUCGCACCCUUUGCACAGAAGAAAGGUUGUCAGAGCUUCUUUUACUGGCAAUUGAAAAGGAUAUUCCAGUCAACCUCAGUGAAGUCAUUGACAUUUUUAAGAGCAUGGGCAACAGAAGGUUGCUGUUAUAA